AUGCACUAUGAGAUUGACAUCUUAGUGAUCACACCUGAACGAUAUACUGUUCGGCGAACUCACGAUUGUGAGGUUGGCAUACCCAUUGGAACGACACCCAAUGUUGACUACCGGGAACAAUGCAUAACCGAAGAGCGGUUCGAUAACUUUUUCGCACAAGGGGAACGCAUAUCAAAUAACAGACCUCUGGGUGCCCCAGCCUCAAACAGUAACGAUCUGGGGCCCCUUACACCAAACAGCUCGGUAUGGAGGCGAAACUGUGGAGAGCUGCCCAGCACUGUUUAA